AUGAUGCUCCAAUUUCAGUUCUCGAACAGAAAACUCUUCCUCGGCUUGAUCCUUCUCCUCUGGGGACUGCACACAGACACUACCACUGCUUGUCCACACUCUCCACUUACACAAAUCGGCGGGGACAGAACAUCGUUCGUUGUCAGAGCAGCAAAUCCCGAUAAUCCCACCCAGCUGCCAGCCGUGUCAAGAGCGCUGACCAAGAGAGAUGGAUUCAGCUUCGGUAAAAUGGUGAUCAUCGUCAUCAUACUCGCAUUCACGACCGCUUUCCUCAUCUUCCUUUACAUACGGAAGCGCAAAGCUCAACAGGGAAAAGAUAUGGGUGAUGGGGAUUCUAAGUUCGGGAUGAGGGGAAUGUGUAGGGUUAUGUGA